AUGGAUGGGACUGCUUCUAGACUUCUGCAAGAUCUGAAGUCUAGGUUGGGUCCUGAAAUUAGGCUUGUCACCCUGGAAUCACCUGAUUACCAAACUGCUAUCUCACGCUGGUCAGCUACGUCUAUAAGACCCGCGGGAAUUGUUGCUUUCCCGCUGUCAACAAAAGAAGUAUCAAAUCUGGUGCUUUUUGCAACCUUACACCGGUUAUGUCUCGCUGUGAAAGGUGGAGCGCAUUCUACAGGUGGAAACAAUUCGUCCGAUGGAGGUCUUAUUAUUGAUUUCCCCAAGAUAUGGGAUGUAAGCGUCGACUUGGAUAAUAAAGUCAUAAUUGCACAUGGGGGUUGCACAUGGGAGGGUGUCAACAGGGUAACAGAGAAGUAUAAACUCUCCGUGGUGAGUAGCACUAUUAGCAAUGUUGGAAUUGGCGGUAGCACCCCUGGAGGUGGCUUUGGAUGGUUUGUGGACGAUACGGGACAGUAG